GCCUGCCUGCUGCCUCCACCCGGACGCCUCUCUGUGUACAAAACGUUAUUAAUUUACAGGUUCUGAACCGCCGCCGCCGCUGUUUGAGCAGGCGAUGAAUCAUUUUUGACUGACAGCUUUUGAAGAAUUAGCUAGCUUAGCCGCAGAGGAGCCAGCACCGAUGGUGAUCUCCUGCUGACAGACAGCUGAAUAAUCUUACUUCAGCCGUAAAACCCAACGACUCGUUUACCCCGGAAAGUACACCACUUCUAAUCGUCUUUAAGUUAAUUAUUUUUAUUUAUUUUUUUGAGUGGAGGGGGGGCGGGUGUCCGCUAGCUACCGGUAGCUACUUCUCCUGCUAACCCUGGACAGCUCCUGUACGGCUGGGUUAGCUUUGGACAAAGGACCAACGACACGGGAAAAAUAUAAACAAUCUGACCGCACAGUUUGUCGUGUUUGGGAGCAACAAACACAAAGGACCUGACAUGAUGUUUCCACAAUCAAGACACUCAGCCUCAUCGCAGCAGCUGAAAUUCACAACCUCUGACUCUUGUGACAGGAUCAAGGAUGAGUUCCAGUUUCUUCAAGCACAAUAUCACAGUUUGAAGCUCGAAUGUGACAAGUUGGCGAGUGAGAAGUCUGAGAUGCAGCGCCAUUAUAUCAUGUACUAUGAGAUGUCCUAUGGGCUCAAUAUUGAGAUGCACAAACAGGCUGAAAUCGUGAAGAGAUUGAACGGGAUCUGUGCACAAGUCCUCCCUUACCUGUCUCAGGAGCACCAGCAGCAGGUCCUAGCAGCCAUAGAGCGGGCCAAGCAGGUCACCCCUCCAGAGAUGAACUCCAUCAUUAGGCAGCAGCUUCAGGCUCACCAGCUGUCUCAGCUUCAGGGUCUGGCCCUGCCCAUGACCCCCCUGCCUCUGGGCCUGAGCCAGCCAGCCCUCCCUGCCGUCACCACCUCCUCUGGUCUCUUCUCGCUCUCCUCCCUGCUGGCCUCCCAAGCCCAGCUGGCCAAGGAGGAGAAGGCUUCUCGUGACGGUGUUGACAGCCACCGCGAGGAGGAUGGAGACAAGUCUGAUUAGAUGCUUCAUCUCCGGUCUCCUUCUCUUUCACCUCCUUCCACACAGUCUUCUGUCUCCUCAGCAAAGCCUCAGACCUCUAACCAGUCCAGUGGUUGAAGAACUUCACCGCUCUGAUCCUUUCAUAUCUACAAUUAGAUUCAAGAUUUCAUUUCUCUUUUUUUUUUGUUUUACUAGGACUUUGUCUCUUAUAUCUGAUGUGUUUUUAUUUAAAAGUUUUAGUCUGUUUAAGUUUGACACUUUUUUUCAGUUAAACUUUGUUGCAGCUCAUUCCUUUUGAUUAUCUCUUUAAAUUUUGCAUUUCUUUUCUCUAAGAUUCAUUCUCUUCCUCCUACUUUCCCACAAGGUCUUGCUGCAUUUCUGCACAGGUCCUUGUUUCGUGAGGCUGAUCUGACUCUAAACAAUUGAUUUUGUUGUCCUUAACUUUUCUGAUUGCAUGCAUUUUUCUGAGCUGAUCUGUGGCUUGGGUAUUUACAUUGUGGGCUGUUACAGAUCAAAACAAGUGAUUAAAUCCUAUUUUUCUUUGUUAAAUCUGUGUCCAGUGCAAGAAAAACUGACUAAUUGACUGAACUGAUAUUUAAUCCAAAUUUUAUAAGGAGAAAGACAAAAAAUACCUUCAUCAGAUAUCAAAGCCAACAUUUCUGCUGAUAUGAAGCUUUCCAGACUUGUUGAGGGACAGAAGAAUCCACCUAACACCCUAACAGAGAUCAGUAAUCAGACCUGUGGUAGCACAAACCUGCAACAAAAACAACCACAACAUUUUGCAUCUCUGACGUGCACUAAUAUUAAAACAGACACUGCAGAGGAGGAAAGUUGUGUGUUUGACAGCAGAGGGCAGCGAGUGUCUUUGAUGAAUCCUCGAACAGUUCAGGUUCCAGUAAAACACAAAGACAAAGCAGCGGCAGCUCUACAGGCAGCAUUACAUGUGAAUGGCAUAUUUAUCCACUCAGCAGGAGCAAACUUAAUACACAGGUUGUGGACUGCAGGUAUUUAUCUCUGCAUGUGCUCAGUCCAAGCCCCUGCGGUGGAAAAGCUUCAGAUUGUGUUAGUCUUGAAAUAGGUCGCUUUAGAAAGGCUGUAAAAAUUCACAUUUAAAUGCUCCGUGUAAUGAGUCCACACAUGGUUUACUCCCUACGUGCAAGGCAGAGUUGGAAAACUUCAAUACUCAUCAGUUCGUUUCAU